AUGGUAUUUGUGGUAUUAUUGGUGGUUGUUGAUGAUGGUAUCAGUUUUGGUAGUCUUGGUAGUGGUGUAGGUGGUUUUGGUGUUGUUAUUAGUGGUGGUGGUAGUGGUGAUCCUGGUGGUUUUGAUGCAGGUAUUGGUGGCAUUAGUAGUCUUGAUGGUGGUCUUGGUGGUGGUCUUGAUGCUCUUGGUUGUGGUAUUGGUGGUCUUGGUGGCAUUUUUGGUGGUCUUGGCGGCAUUGGUGGUGGUCUUGGUAGCAUUGGUGGUGGGCUUGGUCGUACAUCUAUUGCAACAGGUGGAACAUCUAUUAGGAGAUAUUAA